GUGACCGAAUGCUGCGGCUGCAUCAGCUGCUCGAAGGAGACGCGCGACACGUUCGCGGAAAUGAUGAACUUCUCGCUGCUGAAGGACGUGAUCUUUGUGAUCUUCUCCGUAUCGAAUUUCUGCACAAGCAUCGGCUUCAAUGUGCCCUAUCUGUACGUUGUCUCCCAGGCGGAAACUCUGAACAUUGGCAAAUCGGAGGCCAGCUAUCUGAUUGCCUCGAUCGGCGUGGCCAAUACCAUUGGACGCAUCAUCCUGGGCUACAUAGCGGACAAGCCGUGGGUGAAUCGCCUGCUCGUCUACAAUGUUUGCCUCACCGCCUGCGGCAUUGCCACGGCAAUGGUGCCGCUGUGCGGCGACUUCAACUCGCUGCUCAUCUACUGCUCCGUGUUCGGCUUCACCAUUGGCGCCUAUGUGGGCCUGACCUCGGUCAUAUUGGUCGAUCUGCUGGGCCUGGAGAAGCUGACCAAUGCCUUUGGUCUGCUGCUGCUCUUCCAGGGCAUCGCCAGCUUCAUUGGACCGCCCAUUGGCGGCUGGAUGUACGACAUAACCGGCUCCUAUUCGCCGGCCUUCCUCAUGGCUGGCCUGAUGAUCGCCAUCAGUGGGCUGGUCAUGUUUGCCAUUCCGCCGCUGCAGCGCUAUCAGGAGCACAAGGCCGAGCAGAAGUUCAAUUCCGAGCAGCUGGCGCUCAGUUAGCUUCACCCGGAUGGGCCUGGCACGGUGGCAGGGCAGCGCAGGGCGGGGCAGGGACGCGG